UUUGUUAAUUACCCAGAGAAACCGACCCGGGAGCCUCGCCGGGUUUGCCGGCCCCCAGCGGCACCAGGCUCCAGUUUCUCUCCAUCCCUUUCGCUGCUGUCCAGGUGCACCGCCGGCGUCGCCACAGAGGAUGGACAUGAUGGAAGGCUGCCAGUUCUCGCCUUCUGAGUAUUUCUACGACGGCUCCUGCAUCCCGUCCCCCGAGGGCGAGUUCGGGGACGAGUUUGAGCCUCAGGUGGCUGCCUUCGGGGCGCACAAAGCAGAGCUGCAAGGCUCCGACGAGGACGAGCACGUGCGAGCACCUUCGGGCCACCACCAGGCCGGCCACUGCCUCAUGUGGGCCUGCAAGGCAUGCAAGAGGAAGUCCACCACCAUGGACAGGCGGAAGGCGGCCACCAUGCGCGAGCGGAGACGCCUGAAGAAGGUCAACCAGGCUUUCGAGACGCUCAAGAGGUGCACCACGACCAACCCCAACCAGAGGCUGCCCAAGGUUGAGAUCCUCAGAAAUGCCAUCCGCUACAUAGAGAGCCUGCAGGAGCUGCUGAGAGAGCAGGUGGAGAACUACUAUGGCAUGCCAGGACAGAGCUGCUCCGAGCCCGCCAGCCCCACCUCCAACUGCUCCGACGGCAUGCCUGAAUGUAACAGCCCUGUCUGGUCCAGAAAGAGCAACAGUUUUGACAGCAUCUACUGUCCUGAUGUACCAAAUGUAUAUGCCACAGAUAAAAGCUCCUUAUCCAGCCUGGAUUGCUUAUCCAGCAUAGUGGAUCGGAUCACCAACUCAGAGCAACCUGGAUUGCCUCUGCAGCACCCGGCCUCUCUCUCCCCAGUUGCCAGCACUGAUUCACAGCCUGCAACUCCAGGGGCUUCUAGUUCAAGGCUAAUCUAUCAUGUGCUAUGAACUAAAAAUCUAGUUUCCACCAGUUCUGCCAGGAGGGCCUACAGAAAGAAGGAUGCCCAAAGUGUCCAAAAGCAAGUCGACUCAUAUAUAAAGAUUUCCUUUCAGUUGUAAAUUUGUACAUAUUAUCUUGCCACUUUAUAAGAAAUGUAUUUAACUAAAAAGUGACCAUUGCCAUUAAUACUUAUAUCUUUCCUCAUCCUUCAGCUCUUUUAUUCUUUGCUUUAGAUACUUAGUUCCAAUAAUAUUAUUUCUGAUAUGGAGCAACUUAUUGAAGGUAGCUUGUUGCAAUGCUUAAAUUAUGUUUUUAUUAAUAUCGCUUAUCAAAUAUUAUCUCUGGUGUUUAGAUCUUUAUUUUUUCUUCAAAACAUUAGAACAGCUGGAAAUCAGUUAUAGGAAAAUUUAAAUAUAUUUAAUGUUUUUCUCUUUAAUCCUUGGUUAUAUAGUAUUAAAUAAAAAUAUAAUAAUACUGUCUAAUGGUACAUAUUUUAUCUUUUCUUAUAAGAAAUACAUCUUUUUAAUGUAAGCACAAAAUAGUACUUUGUGGAUAAUUUCAAGAUACAAGACAUUUUGAAAAUUCCACCAUAAAUAAAAUUGUUUA